ACGGUGACGUGGAGAACGAACAAUUUCUCCUUUGGAGAUACAACGGCCCAUCAGAAGCCCAAAAUCUCACAGCUCUCUCUCCCAAUCGACGGUUCGUCGGCCGGCGGCGGAAAGAACAUUCUCUCUAUCCUCUCUUCCGCGGGAAUCGCUUGUUUAUGAAAAAUUAAGUUAGAGAUGGAGGCUCGUCAUGCAUCUCUCGGUCGACGAACGCUGGAAGACAUUCGACAGAAGCGCGCAGCAGCAGAGAGAAUGAGCAAGACCUCAUCCGGACCAGAUCUCGCCAAAAACCCUACCGAUGCUACUGGUAUGAAGAAAUCGGAAAGUGCAAAUCGACUUACGGAGAAUGAUAUCAGUGGCUUGUUAUCUCAAUUGAAAGACAUGCAACAGAGGAAUACAGAGCUCGAGGAAGCGAACAAGGAAUUCACCUCAUUGCUUCAAAAGAAAGAAGUGGAGAACAGUAUGAUGCAGAGGCGACUAAAUGAUCUGGAACAGAACACAGUUCCUUCACUGAGAAAGGCACUCAAGGAUGUUGCGAUGGAAAAAGAUGCUGCAGUUGUUGCACGGGAGGAUCUCUCUGCCCAGCUUCGCACACUGAAAAGACGUAUAAAAGAAGCAGAAGAAGAACAAUAUAGAGCGGAAGAGGAUGCAGCUUUAUUACGAGCCGAAUUAAACGCGUUGCAACAGCAAGCAAUGCACAAUCCUUCAGGUGGUGUCAAUGCGACUGGGUAUUCAGUUGAUCAGAUGCAAGUGAUGGAAAAAGAAUUGUCUAAUUUGAGGUCUAAGCUUGAGCAAGAAGCAAUACUUAGACAACAAGAGCAUCAAGUUUUAGUAGAGGAGCAGGCCCGUACAUCUGCUCUCAUUAUUCAGAAGCAAGAGUUGGAAGAAAAACUUGCCUCUGCCUCUAAAAGGAUUUCAGAAAACGAAACAGAACAGGGGCACCAGAGGGCGUUCACACUGGAAGACAAGGAGAGACUUGAGAAGCAAUUGCACGAUAUGGCAGUAGCUGUUGAGAGACUAGAAACUAGCAGACAAAAACUUCUAAUGGAGAUUGACUCCCAAUCUUCGGAAAUAGAGAGAUUAUUUGAAGAAAAUUCAAGUCUGUCAUCUGCUUAUCAAGAAUCACAAGGACUUGUAGCAAACUGGGAGAGUCAGGUUAAAGCUCAUAUACAACAAAAUGAGGAACUUCGCAACACAUUAGACAAGCUGCGGAUGGAGCAAGCCAGUUUACCAGGUCUGAAUGAUAAAGCUUUCCAGGCACUUUCUGGCUCCAGCAGAGGUGAUCAUACAAUUGAAUCUCAAUACAAUGCUGAAUAUAUUUCCUUAAAGGGACAGCUAGCUAAAGAGCAAAGCAGAGCAGAGGCUCUAUCUGCGGAUGUAUUGCAGCUCUCGACUCGCCUCCAGCAAGCAACACAAGCAUACAAUGGACUCAUGCGCCUGUACGUUUUAUCCUCUACCCCUUCAUGUGUGCGUGCGUGUGCGCAUGCUUAUGAUUUUCUGAAAGUGUUGUGUGCUUUUCAGCUACAAACCUGUGUUGCGGAACAUUGAGAAUGGUCUUAUGAAGAUGAAGCAAGAUGGGUCAGUUACUGUACGGUAACCGCUGAAUAGUUUGUGUUUUUAUGUGAUGAUUAGAACACUCCAUUUGUUGAAGGAUAAUAGUUCUUUUGAUAAUGUGGAUAACAAAAAUGAUCAGAGAUUGUAAGGUUUUUUAGCUGAUAUCACGAUUUUUAUUUAUAUUCAUUUGUAAUUGUACGUAUUUAAGUAUGUAACCGGUUGUUUGGAAUUUCCUUCCAAGCAGCGAAAGUUUAGUCGACUUAUAGCA